AUGAAAACUCCUCAAUUAAGACUAAUCCAAAUUUCAUCAUCCCUUUCCGUUUCUGAUUACUAUAUAAAAAGAGUCUCAUUAGCCAUUGCAACAACACCACUUCUUCUUCGCUUCUUCUCUUCUUAAAACCUCAAGUCCUUCUGUAGCUACCUAUCUCGCCAUGGCUUAUGCAGCAAGCACCAGCGCUUCCCAGCAUUUGAUCAAGAGUGAAGGAAGCAUGGCAGCAUUGUCUGAUGAAGAUUCGUUGAUGAAGCUAGUUCAAGAAACUCAUGCACCUGAUGACCGUAAGUUCGAUGUAAGGACUCUUCUGAAUGUCCUGGAAGACAUCCUUAUUAAUUGCGAAUCUCGUGAGAUUGAGAGCAUUAUGCCGGCGACCCAAACUCACAAGGAAACGCCGGACAACAGCCGUGAAGUGCUUGAAUCAUUAUCUUAUAUUAUUGAUAAGCUUUCUUCCGAGAUCUCAUACAAGGUUCUCAGUGGAGCAGAUGGGCAUAGGACAACUAUCUCAUUCUUGAACAUGCUAUCAAACUAUUCUUGGGAUUCUAAGUUGGUUCUGAUAAUGUUAGCUUUUGCUUUGAACUAUGGGGAAUUCUGGCUCAUUGCAGAGAUUCGCUUCUCAAACCCAUUUGCAAAAACAAUGGCAACCCUGAAGCAAUUUCGUCCUUUCAUCCUGGAAUAUGCUGCUACUUCAUUGAAGCCCACGUUUGAUGCGCUCAACAAUCUGAUAAGGGUGAUGAGGGAGGUGACUAAGUGCGUGGUUGAGGUCGGGGAAUUAUCAUCUGAAAUACCAGCAUAUCUUGAACUUUCCGCCCUCGUUCAACGUGCUACCUACUGGACCACAAUAAGUGCUAUGGCUUGUGCUACUCAGAUUAACACCUUGGCAAAGCUUGACAAUGCUGAUCAACUGGCAGGGGAGCUAUCCACCUUGGCUGACAAACUCCAAAACAUACAUGAUCGUCUAAGAAGCCAGCUGACAAUUUGCUACCAACAAAAAGAUGACAUGAGUUAUCAAAUGCUUUUGAAUCUUUUCAAAAGCGUCCACAUUGACAACAUGAAGAUCCUCAAAGCCCUGAUUUGCUCCAAGAAUGAUAUCCAGCCGCUUUUUGAUGGCUACACCAAGAAAAGGGUUAACAUUGAUGUGCUUAGGCAGAAGAAUGUGCUAUUGCUCAUUUCGGAUCUACACAUUCCCGACUACGAGAUUUUUUUUCUUGAGACACAUUACAGAAUUACCGGUAAUCAUCUGUUCGAGGUGGUUUGGAUCCCAAUUAUGGACCGAACAAUCAAGUGGAAUGAUCUCGGUCAAAAACAGUUUGAGUCUCUGCAGUCUAAGAUGCCAUGGUACACAGUGUACCACCCGACACAAAUCGACAAAGUGGUCAUUAAAUUCAUUAAGGAGGUGUGGCACUUCAACAACAAGCCUAUCCUGGUUGUGCUUGAUCCUCACGGCAAAGUGGUAUCCCCUAAUGCCCUACACAUGAUGUGGAUUUGGGGAAGCCAUGCCUUCCCUUUCACUAGCUUGAGAGAGGAAAUGCUCUGGAAAGAAGAGACAUGGAGACUUGAGCUUCUUGUUGAUGGCAUUGACCCAAUGCUUGUCAACUGGGUUGGAGAAGAAGAGUACAUUUUCUUGCAUGGAGGAGACGAUGUAGAGUGGGUAAAGGAAUUUACGGAGAUGGUAAGAAAAGUUUCACAGGCAGCACAAAAACCUGUGGAGAUGGUUUACUUAGGGAAGAGCUAUAAGAAGGAUAAAGUGCGUAAGAUCGCAAAAACGAUCACUGACGAGAAACUUGGUCACUCCUGGGAUCCUACGAUGAUAUGGUUCUUUUGGACGAGGUUGGACAGUAUGCUAUUCUCCAAGAUUCAGCUACGCAAGAUUGAUGAAAAUGAUACCCUGACGCAUGAAAUCAAGAAGCUCAUUAGCUAUGAUAAAGAAAUGGGGUGGGCUUUGCUCAGCAAAGGACCUAACAUCGUUGUCAAUGGGCACAGCACCACAGUCUUGCGUGCAUUGACAGAGUAUGAUAAAUGGAAGGAGAAUGUGCCUGUAAAGGGCUUUGAUUUGUCGUUCAAAGAGCAUCAUGACAAGCUUCAAAGCACCAAUGGGCCUUGCUGCCGAUUUGAGUUCCCUAGCACCUUCGGUGAAAUUCCUGAGCACCUCAAAUGCCCCGAGUGUCUCAGAAGCAUGGAGAAACACAUGGCUUUCCGUUGCUGUCAUGACUGUUGAUUAAUUAAUUAGUUUUUACUCCACAUCUUCUCUUUUGUUUUUGUUGCUAUGUAUUUCCAUUUGUCUUUGUUGUGAUGACCAACGAACUCAAUCUCUAAUUCCAUCCAUAUAAUUCAUUUUUAUUCUCUUAAUUAUCUAAUACAUUAAUAUAUUCCGUAUGA